CACAGAGAGCCUCCCCCGCUCCCCGAAUAAUGGUACAGCCUUCUGUUGAAAUUCCGAGAAUUGAGCCGCUGCGUUUCUAAGAACUGGAUUCUCAGAACUGGUGAUGCUCACAGUUUCGAGGAAACUUUUAUAAGAUUGUGACAGCAUGGCCACGACUGCAGAUGGCUGCAUUCAAUUCACACGUCAUGCAGGCGACGUCCUGCUUAACUUCAACCGCCUCCGCAGCAGGAACCUCCUGACUGAUGUCAUGGUGGAGGUGGAUGGACAGAUCUUUCACGCUCACAAGUCCAUCCUGGUAGCCUGCAGUGGCUUCUUCUAUUCUGUGUUCAUGAAACCUGAGAACGCAAGCCUUAGUGCCAUUGUCCUGGACCCCAUAGUGGACCCCAAAGGUUUCUCCCUCCUGCUGGACUUCAUGUACACUUCUUAUCUGAACCUUAAUGACACUGUGACCUUGAUCACCCUGAACACAGCCAUCUACCUCCAGAUGGAGCAUGUUGCUGACACCUGCCACAGGUUCAUCAGAUCCAGGCAUCAGGCUCUGAAUAUACAGAAGGAAGAGGUACUGAAUAACUCAUCAAAUCUAGCCAAGGAAAUCUCUGCUAAAAAGCUCUUGGCGGAAAAGGAGCCAGACAUUAGAAAUAACCUCUUACGGUUUCCCCCUCAGGAGUGUGAGGGCUACAUCCCCAAUGUUUUCACCACUACUGGUUGCUACCAUGUGUACGGUGGUAUGCAUAUGCCUGCUGCAGUACUAGAAUGUUCUAACGAAACCAGCAUGGCACAAUCCUCCAUUAUCCGACCAGCAGCAGCUCACUGCAACCAUCAGUGUCCCACUUUUCCCAUGGAGGGCCACAACACUCAACACCCACAAACCGGCUGUUUGAGAGGGACUACAAGCUACGCCAAAGGGGUCAUCUGUAGCCCACAGAGCCCCCUUAGGUCUGACUGUCAGCCAAACUCACCCACAGGGUCCAGCAGCAGCAUUAACGCAAGCAUGAGCCUGAAACAGGCCUGUGAUUCCCCCAGAGAUGCCAAGGCCUGCAACUGGAAAAAGUACAAGUUCAUUGUUCUGAACCAAACUCCUAAUGAGAGAGGAAAGGAGGCCCGGGGAGGUAGAGCUGUCAGCCCAUCUAGUAGCAAAGCAGCUGGUGGUCACGAUGAGCUUCAGCUGGAAGAGGGAACCAACAAUCAGAGAGAGGAAAUGCCUUCACCACACGGGGAACUCUGCUCCAGCAGCAGACUCUCCUCCUCUAGCUGUGACAGUCCUCAGGGCAUGGAAACCAGCCACCUCUCUCCUGUCUCAUACAGCAGUGAUGAGGCCACAAAAAUGUGCUCAGAUUAUUCCUCUAGCUGUGAAAAUAAUUUCUUGUGCAAUGGGUGUGACUCAAAGUUCUCAGAGGAAGACUCAUUAAAAGACCACAUGGGCCAGGUCCACAGUGACAAGCCGUACAAGUGUGACUGCUGCCAGGCCGCCUUCCGCUACAAAGGCAACCUGGCCAGCCAUAAGACCGUUCACACCGGUGCAAAGCCGUACCACUGCACCAUCUGCGGAGCUCAGUUCAACCGUCCAGCUAACCUCAAGACCCACACCCGGAUUCACUCUGGAGAAAAGCCAUACAAGUGUGAGACGUGCGGUUCUAGGUUUGUGCAGGUCGCCCACCUCCGUGCCCACGUGUUGAUCCACACAGGAGAGAAGCCAUACCCCUGUGAGAUCUGUGGAACACACUUCCGCCACCUUCAGACGCUCAAGAGCCAUAUGCGCAUCCAUACAGGAGAGAAGCCCUAUCAUUGUGAAAAAUGUGAUCUCCACUUCAGACACAAGAGUCAGCUCAGGCUUCAUCUCCGACAGAAACACGGCGCUGUCACAAACACCAAGGCUCAGUAUCGCAGGUCUCCUGGCAACAUUGUCGCAGGCCUGGUGAACUCCUCCUGAGUCAGCCACCGGCUGCUGCAUAUGGACGCUUUUAAAUAAAGAGUAGACGUUUAAGUCUAAUAUUUGCCUUUUUUGUGCUUGUAAGCUGUGCACAUGACAGUGUCAUCUCUUUGUUCAGAGACUCUAGUCAGGGCUUUUAUUUUGAAUGUUUAACAACAGAAUGUAUGUCUUGAAUGUGAAUCUGAGUGGGUAUUUCUCCAUUGUGCAAAUACCUCGACAGAAUGUCAACCGUCUAUGUUGUUCAAAUAGAGAAUCACUGUUACACUUGGGUUUUAGAUUAGCUAUGAACUUACCCAGUGAUUGGUCUGAAGCAGUCAUGAUGCCGGUUAGCUGUCUUCAUAAAGCUGUUUAGAUAGAACGGCUGAAAAGCGCAUAGUCAAAUGUGUGUAAGUGUCACAAAAAUGGCAAUAUGGUUCAGGAGUCUCUACUGUUCACAGGUCAGUUAAAAACUGCAGAGACAUGCAGAUCUGAGUCUAGUUAUGGAUGAGUAGGUCAGGAGGAGAAUCCCUGAAUCAUAUUUCAGCGCCACUGCUGUGUUUUUCUGCAUGAGUGAUUAUUGAAGCUGCUACUGCAAGAUAGAUAGAUAGAUAGAUAGAUAGAUAGAUAGAUAGAUAGAUAGAUAGAUAGAUAGAUAGAUAGAUAGAUAGAUAGAUAGAUUACAUUGUCCUCAUGGAGUAGCAUGAUGGUCAGUCAUGCUGUGGGCUUUCUGUUUUGCCGUGUCAUAGUCAAUGGUACAUGCUGUAUUAUUUACAGAUGGUCAUCUGUUUUAUAACUAGCUACAUAUUGUACAUAUCUUUUUUGACAGAUUUUUGUUCAGCUUUGAUAUCCUGCACAUACCCAUGAUAUUGUAAAAUAUCAGGGUUCUUACUUUAGCUUGGGUUUUUCUAUCUUAAAUGUUCUCAACAGCUCGUUAAACUCCAAUUCCCAGCACUUUUAUAUACUAUUUAUUUUUGUAAAUGUAAUUUGUUUCUUUUAAUAUGUGGUGCUGCAGGAAUCUUUUUCCUCCUGUGGUUUUUCAUUUUUUUUAAUGAAGGGUAUACUUCAUAGGACACCCAUGAUAAUUAGCAGAUUUAUGGUGCCUUAAAUUUACAUUUUCUAUUGUCUGUUUCCACAGACUGACAAUUAAUGCAUUUUAAUUGUGACCAUUUGUAAGCUCUGGUACUUAUCACCUGCUUCUUUGUGUUCUGCCUUGGUACUUGGGCUAAGUAAUGCAUAUGCAUGUUAUGGUACCAUUGAUUUGGAAGCACCUGACCUGAAGGGCGAAGCUCUUUAAUGUGCAGACACCAGGCCUCAAGCUAAAAACACUCAGGAAUAUCAUUAUUAUGUAAGCAAAUAUGUUUCUAAUAGCAGAUUGAAUAUAUAUAGAAAAUAUAUAUAUAUAUAUGACAAUAAAUGUGUAUUGUGAAGCAAA